AUGGGAAGCCUAUUCAGAAUAACCCGUAAAUUGACUGUAAAUGUUGGCCGAUUGAUGUCUUUGCCAGUGGCAGAAAGAUCUUACAGAACUUCUGACAUCUUCUCUCGCCUUUUAAAGGAACGAAUCAUUUGCAUCAACGGGAAGAUUUGUGAUGAUGUUGCUAAUGUUGUAGUAGCUCAACUUCUGUUCCUCGAGUCUGAGAAUCCAUCCAAGUCCAUCAACAUAUCUAUUAAUUCUCCAGGAGGUGCUGUUACAACAGGUCUUGCUAUCUACGACACAAUGCAAUAUAUCCGAUGUCCCAUAAACACGAUAUGUUUGGGUCAAGCUGCGUCAAUAGGCUCACUCUUGCUGGCUGCAGGGACAAAGGGAAGAAGACGUUCUCUUCCAAAUGCCUCGAUUAUGGUUCAUCAACCGUCUGGUGGGUGCAGUGGACAGUCUAUGGAUAUUCUCAUUCAUGCAAAGCAUAUGGCUAAGUUGUACGAUUUAUUGAAUGUAUUGUAUUCCAAACAUACUGGGCAAACGGUAGAAGUAAUCCAGAAGAGUUUGGAUAGAAAUAAUUACAUGACUCCACAAGAUGCCAAAGAAUUUGGGCUAAUUGAUGAGGUCAUUUACCAACGCCCCCUAGAAUUAGUUGCUGAUGCCAUUCAAAAUGAACCUUAA